AUGUUAGCGGUGGGGCAGAUGGAUGCUAAUCGCCAGAGCGCGUUCGUUCUCAGCAGUACGCCGCUGGCCGCGCUGCACAACAUGGCCGAGAUGAAAACCUCUCUCUUCCCCUACGCCCUGCAGAACCCCUCUGGCUUCAAGGCGCCGGCCCUGGGCGGGCUCAACACGCAGCUCCCCUUGGGGACACCGCACGGAAUAAGCGACAUCCUGGGGCGGCCCGUGGGCUCCGCCAGCAACCUGCUGGGCGGGCUGCCCCGCAUCAACGGGCUGGCGGCCUCGGCGGGGAUGUACUUCAACCCCGCCGCCGUCUCCCGCUAUCCGAAGCCGCUAGCGGAGCUGCCGGGGCGGCCACCCAUCUUCUGGCCGGGAGUAGUGCAGGGCUCUCCCUGGAGAGACCCCCGGCUCGCCUGUCCCGCUCAGGCGGGGAUGGUUUUGGACAAGGACGGCAAGAAGAAACACUCGCGCCCGACUUUCUCCGGGCAGCAGAUUUUUGCUUUGGAGAAAACCUUCGAACAGACAAAGUACUUGGCCGGACCGGAGCGGGCCCGACUCGCCUAUUCCCUAGGGAUGACCGAGAGCCAGGUGAAGGUCUGGUUCCAGAACAGACGGACCAAGUGGCGGAAGCGGCACGCGGCAGAAAUGGCCUCGGCGAAGAAGAAGCACGACUCGGAGACGGAGAAGCUGAAGGAGAGCUCGGACAAUGAGGACGAUGAGGAGUACAACAAACCCCUGGACCCCAACUCCGACGACGAAAAAAUCACGCGGCUACUGAAGAAGCACAAACCCACGGCCCUGUCCCUGGUGAGCCCCUGCAGCACCAGCUCGGAUACCUUGUGAGGGCGGGAUGGCAGAGCAGGGUGUUGUACAGCCCCAGAUGUAUGUGAGAUGUAUAUAUUUUUUACAGAAUAAGUUAUGAAAUUAUUUUCUCUCUCAUCGGUGUAAAUUUCAAAGGAUUUUUUCCAGCGUUUUUGGGUUUUGUUUCGCGUCCUGUUGAGGUUUGCUCUUCUUUCUUUUCACCUUCUUGCAGAUUUCCUUCUUCUAACAAUCAGACUUUGUUACAUUUUCUAUGGGUCGCCAAAUCCAAGCUCAGCCACUUUGUAUAUAGUAAAUUUCAGAUUUUGUGCUGUAUAUUUCUAGUGUAAAAAAUGGUUGUUUUCUUUCAGUCCCUCUACUAUGUGUUUUGGCGGUUUGGUUUCUCCUGCCUCCGGAUUUUAUGCUUAAUAAUAUCAAAAGAGAGAAAACAACCCAAAAAAGCACUAGAGAAAAAUGAACACUUGAUUUUACAUUGGGAUCAAAUGUCUCCACGCGGGUUGGAAAGACUUUGUAUAAAUCAAUAAAUUAUUUAACAAGCUUCU